AUGAGCACACCUACCAGCUUUGAGGAUUAUGAACCACAACAGAAUAGAGCCCUAUCACCAAGAACCACCAGUGCUACUACGUCUAACACGCGAGCACUGACUGCAACAGCAGCUAUGAGAAACCAUUCACCAAGCUCAAAUGAGGCUGACGAUGAUGAAUCCACUGUUGAUAUUAACCAACACAAUCUUGAUCAACAGCAACAGCAACAGCAACUACCACCACCACCACCGCUUUUUAAACACAGGAAUGGGCAUCACAAAAGUAGGACUCCUUCGAACGACGUGGAUGGAACUAAUAGUCAAUACCCAUCAGACUAUGUAGAUAACGAUUUCAUGAUGGACAACGAAUACAAUGAUUACGAAGAGUUGAGGAAGGCAAUAAUAGUAAAAAGACGGUUAUCUAGCAUCAAGCAGCCUCAUGGCCCAUACAUCGAUGAUCAACAAGCGGUGAAUAAAAACUCAAUCAUGCGAUUACCUACAGAAGUGUUGCUACAAAUAUUUCACUAUUUGGAGAGAAAAGAUUGGUACCUUCUUGCAACAACAUGUAGCGAGAUUGCUGACUUGAUUAUAGAAAUGUUGUGGUUUCGUCCUAAUAUGCAAAACGACGCAUCUUUCAAGAAAAUCAGACAGGUUAUGGAGAUAAAUCGAUUUAAAACUCAUUGGGAUUAUCGACAAUUUAUCAAGAGGUUGAAUUUGUCGUUUAUGACCAAAUUGGUUGAUGAUAAGUUGUUGGGCUUAUUUGUUGGGUGUCCCAAGUUGGAGAGAUUGACGUUGGUCAAUUGUGCCAAGCUUACACGUACACCUAUAACGAAUGUACUUCAAGGAUGUGAAAGACUACAGUCUAUUGACUUGACUGGUGUUACAGAUAUCCAUGAUGAUAUCAUUAAUGCAUUGGCCGACAAUUGCCCAAGAUUGCAAGGAUUGUAUGCUCCAGGGUGCGGCAAUGUGAGUGAAGCAGCCAUAAUAAAAUUGUUGCAAAGUUGUCCAAUGUUGAAAAGACUAAAAUUCAACUCAAGCAGUAACAUAACUGAUGCCAGUAUUGAGGCCAUGUAUGAAAACUGUAAAGCAUUGGUUGAGAUUGAUUUGCACGGUUGUGAAAACGUUACUGACCUACACUUGAAACGAAUCUUUUUGGAAUUGACCCAGUUGCGAGAAUUUCGAAUCAGUGGUGCCCCAGGUAUAACUGACAAAUUAUUUGAGUUGAUUCCUGAUGGAUUCAUUUUGGAGAAGUUGAGAAUCAUUGACAUCACUGGAUGCAAUGCCAUAACUGAUAGGUUGGUGGAGAAGUUGGUGGUUUGUGCACCAAGGUUGAGAAAUGUGGUUUUGAGUAAAUGCAUGCAAAUAACCGAUGCUAGUUUGCGAGCAUUGAGUAAACUUGGAAGGAGCUUGCAUUAUAUCCAUUUGGGCCAUUGUGGUUUAAUCACUGAUUAUGGAGUUGCCGCAUUGGUUAGGUAUUGCCAUCGAAUACAAUAUAUUGAUCUAGCAUGCUGUUCGCAAUUGACGGAUUGGACUUUGGUUGAGCUUGCAAAUUUGCCAAAAUUGAGACGAAUUGGAUUGGUCAAAUGCUCAAUGAUUACUGAUUCAGGUAUAUUGGAGUUGGUGAGACGCCGUGGUGAACAGGAUUGUCUUGAACGAGUGCACUUGUCAUAUUGCACAAACUUAAACAUUGGUCCCAUUUAUUUGUUGCUCAAGAGCUGUCCCAAGUUGACUCAUUUAUCACUCACUGGGAUUUCGGCAUUUUUGAGACGUGAAAUCACUCAGUAUUGUCGUGACCCACCACCUGAUUUCAAUGAGCAUCAAAAAUCAUUGUUUUGUGUCUUUAGUGGAUACGGAGUGAAUCAAUUGCGCAACUACUUAACUCAAGUUAUGGAGGAACGCUCGUAUCAGAUUGAACAAGGUGAUAUACAUGCAUUGUUUAAUGAGAGGAGACGCCGCUUUUUGAAUGGUGAGGUGGAACCUGCACCCGGAGCUGGAGCUGGAGCUGGAGCUGCAGGCGCUGCAGGCGCCGCAGGAGAUGAAGUCUUGAAUGCAUGGGAGCGAAGAUUCCUUGUACCAAGAGGAGUCGGAGACAACAAUAACAACAACAACAAUCAAUUGAAUCAAGACAUGAUUGAAAUAAAUCGGGAGAUUUUCCGAGAAUUGAAUGAGGGAAAUAUGGGCCCUGAUGAAAUGAGAGAGCAUUUUCAACGGUUGAUCCGUAAUCAUCAUCAACAGAGAUUGCAAGAGCACAAUGCUAGAACUAGGACUAAUGUGAGGCAUGGUGAAGCUGGUCAACAGAAUAGGCCACAGCAGCGACAAGCGCAAGCGCAAGUUGGAGAACAAGCACGAGUGGGAGCCGGAGUGGCACCAUCCCAACCUCCUCGUCCAAACCAACAACAACAGCAGCAAGAACAGCAAGAACAGCAACAGCAGCAACAGCAGCAACAACAGCAGCAACAGCAGCAGCAACAGCAGCAACAACAACGUCCACAACGUCCACAUCAAAGACAGCGACCACCGCCACCAAAUGCUCCUGAUCAGCCUUUGUUUCCACCUACAAAUUUCCCCAACGAUACGCAAUUUUUCCACCCAAAUCCGAACCCGCAAAAUGCGCCGCAAAUUGAACAAGCCCCAAUUUUUCCUAAUCGUGCUGAUCAACCGAUACGUGGGUUUGGCAACCAACAAGCACAGCAUCGACAGCAACCACAACAGCAAGUGAGGCCGACCGCUUAUGAAAAUCUCGAUGAUACAGUCAUCAUUGAGAACCAAGGUCUUGCUGGCACCGUAGUCAUUGAGAGUGGUGACAACGAGGAUGUUGAAAUGGUGGAUGCGGAUACUGGUGACGGUGACUUGUUCCCCAGAAUGGCCUGA